UCGCCUAUAGUAUCAAGAUCAAGAUCAAGAUCCUGGACCUGCUUCCCUGAGUCCCUGCCAGUGACAGAAGCCUUAACAACGCCCUCCGCCCGACAUUAAUAGGCCAAGACAGCAAUGAUUUUUCCCCGCAGCCCGGUGCUAGAUAGAGAAUAAGUCCUGCGACUUAGAUGUUGCUCUCAACUACUGCUUCCCUUCAGGCUUCAACGUAUGGGUAGCACAACACUGAACGCUCACGACAUCCUCACAUGUACCACCUCAAUCUCUCUCUGAACCCACACUGACCAUGGUAUCUCUGUCCCUGAGACCAUAGUACAUUUCUUGCUGCAGUGCCAACGCUUUCACUCCGACCAGGCCAUUCUCUGAUCACAACUGCAAGCUCGGUAACUAUACAGAAAGGCGGGUAAAUAUGGAGAAAGUCAGUCGUAUGUUACGUAAUAAUAAGGAAUGCAUCAAUGAUUGUGUUUUAAUGCCUGGAACAUGAAGUGGAUAUUUCUGAUCGGCAAAAAAAAAAAAAAAAAAAAAUUCCCAAGAAAAAAAAAAAAAACGCAUACAGGGAGUUUCCUAAAUGCAGAUAUUUUCGUGUUCUGCACAUGUAAAACCAUUGAUCCAUUCUAACUGAACCUAACGUAAGCUAACACCUAACCAAACUUAAGAAAUGGAUAUUUGUGUUCUACCCGAAAUUACUAGCAUUAAUAUUACAUGAGUAAUUUGCAACAAAGUGUAUAGAAGGUAAUGUCUACUUUCUAGUGGUUGACUCACCAAGUUGGCCCCCAACACUGAGAUAUAAUGUUGGGAAAAAGAAGGGUUAAUAGGAGAAGGGGCCAGGUCUGCAGGCAUGACAGUUCAUGUUGUAGGUUAUAAUGAAGAUUAAUUGCAGUGUGGAGAACCGGAUAGUGUGCCUUAUGCAGUAAUUGUGUAGUAGCUAUUAGUUUGUUGGUUACAAAAUUCAUACAACAGAUUCCCUAGAUGGUAAUGGAGGGUUAAUUUAAAAGUGAAAAUGGUAAGAGCAUUCAGGCAAUAUGGUUCGCACUGGGAAAGACCCAUGGCUGCACAUCAAGCAAGUUGUGCAUUAUGUGCAGACAGGAGAGUUUCUUGACUCUGUAACUCAAGGAGAGAGGAGUGGCAUCAGACAAGCAGCAGGAAAUUUUGUUGCUGAAGGGGAGUAUGUAUACUACUGUGGCUUCAAGAAAGAUGAUUCAGAGUCCAUAAAGAGAAGGCUUGUUGUAGAACACAAGGAGAAGGUGAAAGAAAUACUAACAGACCUUCACGACAUGGAUGGACACAAAGGCACACGCUGCACUCAAUAUAAAGUUGGUGAGAAAUACUAUUGGCCAACAAUCACCGCAGAUAUAAAAGAUUGGAUAAAGAAAUGCCCCAAGUGUCAGGUUUAUCAGAAAAUAAAAACACAAGGUCCUGUGUUACAUCCCAUCAAACCAGAGGGAAGAUGGGAUGUGCUGAGCAUGGACCUUAUUGGCCCCUUAACAGUAACACCUAGGGGGAAUAAGUACAUAAUAACCAUCACAGAUCUGUAUACUAAAGGGGUUAUGGCAUACCCUCUGAAGGAUAAGAGUGCUCCCUGUGUGGCAAUGGCCAUUAUGGAAAUUAUUUAUACCUAUGGUCCCCCCUUGAAAAUCAUUACAGAUCAAGAGAAAGAAUUUGUGAAUGAGCUCAACAAGAAUCUCUUCUCCUUGUUCAACGUUAAGCACCUUGUCACAUCCAUAUACCACCCCCAAACUAAUGGGCAAACAGAAAGAGCUAGUGGCACUUUGAAGACUAUUCUUGCAAAGUAUUGCAAUGACAACAUGGAUGAUUGGGACAGUGCUGAGAUCCUCGAUAAAAUGGCAAACCCUUGCUCAUCUGAUCUUCCUGCUGAACCGCAAACAGAAACUGGAUGCAAGGAGAAGUUUAUACAAAACAUACUAAAGUGGGAUGAAAACAAAACAUCACAAUACAACAUACUUACUCAAGACAAAUAUGCUUCACUUCUCCAGGAGGUGAACGAUGCUAAAACUGCAGAGAAGAAAAUUCCUCUACAGUACAAAAGACUAAAGCAGUUUGAUGUUAUUGAAAUUGGUGGUAUUCAGAAACUGAUUGCUAAAAGUGAUAAAGAUGAAAUUCGUUACUACUUGCCUGCUUCUGAGAUAUUUGAUGUAAUUAAAACGUCGCAUUUAGCUAUCGGCCAUGGUGGUCAAGACAAAUUGAAAUGUGAAAUUGUUAAAAGAUAUGCAAAUAUUACAACUGAUAUGAUUGCACUCUUCUUGUCCUUGUGUGAAGUGUGCCAAAGCAAGAAAACAAAAAAGAAAAAAGGAUUGGUUUCAAAGUCUGUCUUACAUUCUGAGCUAAAUAUAAAUAGUCAGUGUCAAAUGGACCUAAUAGACAUGCAAGCACUACCAGAUAGAAAAUAUAAGUUCAUAAUGGUAUAUCAAGAUCACUUAACCAGAUUUGUAAUACUUCGUGCAUUGGAGUGUAAAUAUGCCAAGGAAGUUGCAUAUAACCUUCUUGACAUAUUUUUGAUGUUUGGAGCACCAUGUAUUUUGCAUAUUGAUAAUGGAAGAGAAUUUGUAAACACUGUCAUGACAUCCUUAGCUUCUUUAUGGCCAGAAUUGAAAAUUGUGCAUGGAAAACCAAGACAUAGUCAGAGUGAAGGAUCUGUAGAAAGGGCAAAUCAAGAUAUUGAAAAUAUGUUGAGUGGAUGGAUGAAAGACAAUAAUACAACGAAGUGGUCUGAAGGUCUACGUUUUGUUCAAUUUAUGAUCAACCAAGCGAAGCAUUCCAGUAUAAAUCAAAGCCCAUAUAAAGCUAUGUUUGGUGUAGAAGUAAGGGUUGGCCUGGCAACUACAUGUCUUCCAUUAGAAUUAAGUAAAAACUUGCAAAGUGAGGAGCUACAGGAAAUACCUGCAAACUUGCAUAAGAAAAAUACAUGUGGAACUAGUGAUGUUUUACAAAAUACAGGUGAAUUUAACAUAAACUUUAUAUCUGAAUGUAAAUCCGAAGUAAUUUUGUGUCGUGUGUGUGAAAAAGACACAGGUCGAGCUUAUUCCUGUGCAAAAUGUGAAUCUAAUAUUCAUGUAAUGUGUGGGAUAGAAAUUGAGAAUGGUUCAGAAAUUGUGUGUCUAAACUGUAAUAAUGAACCAAGAAUAUCACGUGUUCGGCAAGCAGAAGGCAGUUGUAUGGAGAAGCAGGCAAAAAGGAUGAAAAGAGCAUCUAAUGCCUCUCACCUUCCACUGAGUAUUGGGCAAAAUGUAACAGUACCAAUUCAAGAAGUGGAUAGGGGAAAAGGAAGUCUUUGAAAUAUUAUUGUAGUAAUUGUUAGUAGUAGUGUGAAUGAAAUGUGUAAAUUAGGGAUUAGAGAUGGUGUUCUUAUGAAAUUGUACAGUCAGUCUGAAUUUGAUACUUGCUAGGAGACAUCCUUGAACUUGACUGAUGUUCCUGAAGGCAAGGAAAUAUCAUUAGGAAGUGCUGGUGCCUUGUCAAGUGUGGGAACAGGUCAAGGUUUCUUCAGAUGUCACUACAAAGUGUUGUGCAACAAACAUAUGCCAAUACAAGAAACCUGAAUUGUUAUACAAUUCAAAAUGUCACAACAGCAUGUCAUAUAAUAUUAAAUAGUGCAGUCUAA